CUAAAACAACAAGAUCAAGGGUGCCCACAACUUCUCUGGUGAAUGAACGUCAUACUUACGUGAGGGAUGAGGAUAAAAAGGCUAUCAUCAAGUUGUUGCUGAGUAGUGAAUUUAGUGAUGCUCAACUCUCUGUGAUUGCCAUAGUUGGUAUGGGAGGAUUGGGUAAGACAACUCUUGCCCAACUAGUCGACAAUGAUGAUGAUGUGAGCCGUUAUUUUGACUUGAAAGCAUGGGCUUGUGUUUCUGAAGAUUUUGACAUUGUAAGGGUAACAAAAGCCAUUCUACAAUCUGUCACUUCUAACCACUACGAAACUAAUGAUUUAAACAUAAUUCAAGUCAAAUUGAAGGAGAAAUUAUAUGACAAGAAGUUUUUGCUCAUUCUAGAUGAUGUUUGGAAUGAAGACUAUGAUGAUUGGACUAAACUACGUUGUCCGUUUGAAUUUGGGGCUCUAGGAAGUAAGAUCAUUGUCACCACUCGGAAUUACAGUGUUUCAUCAACAAUGGGAACUACUCCGGCUUACGAGUUGGAAGGGUUAUCAAAAGAUGCUUGUUGGCAUCUAUUUAAACAACAUGCAUUGGGGGCAACAGAUUUUACAACGCAUCCAGAACUUGAAGAAAUUGGUAGAGAAAUUUUAAACAGAUGCAAGGGGUCACCUUUGGCAGCAAAAGUACUGGGAGGCGCUUUACGCACUAAACAAAGUCCUAUUGAAUGGAAAAAUGUAUUAAAUAGUAAGAUCUGGGAUAUCCCAAAAGAAAAAAAGGGUAUUAUUCCGGUUCUUGAAUUAAGCUACCAAUACCUCCCUUCACAUUUAAAGAGAUGUUUUGCUUACUGUUCACUAUUCCCAAAAGAUUAUGAAUUUGAAAAGAAUGAGCUUGUCUUGUUAUGGAUGGCAGAAGGUUUGGUUCAAGAAACAGAAAGAAACAAGCCGAUUGAAGAUCUUGUUGCUGAGUAUUUUCAUGAUCUAGUCAUGAGAUCAUUCUUUCAACAGUCAAGCAAUAAUGAAUCACUCUUUGUCAUGCAUGAUCUUAUCAAUGAUCUAGCUCAAUGGGCAGCAAAAGGCUUAUGCUAUAGAUUGGAAGAUACUCUCAGCAGUAACAAGCAAUCCAAGAUUUCUGCAAAGAAGUGAGACCAUGCAUGAAGGGAAGGCUGCCAAUGCUUCUCAAGUUCUUAACUACUACAAGCACAAGGUCAUGAUCUGUCAAGAAGCAAAGCUGGGACUCAUUCUUUAAAAAGUUGUAAACCUCCUGUUUGCAAGUGGACACAAUUUCUUGAUUUUUGAGAACGUCGACUGCUGAAAUCAGUGGAAGUUAGUACCAAGAGAGUUUCUGGUGAGAAGCAAGCUUUCUAUUUAAAGAUUCAAUGGGAAACCAAAUUGCAAUAGGCUUUCAUGGUUUGAUGGCUUAGGAGAAAUCCAUAGUCCCUCCUCUGACAAUUUUGGAAGCCUUAUCCUUCUUACUUAUGAAAGGCAGGGUGGCUGCACUUGAACUUACCAGUAGCUCUGAGGAUUGCAGCUUUUGUUGUGGAAAGUAAACACCAAGC